AAUUCUGUUCCGUCCACGUGAAACCAGUCGUAAAUUUACAGUAGUUGUUUCCAUUGUCAAAAAGUUUUGUUGCGUGCAUCGUAGCUGCGCGCGUGGUCGAUCGAGGAAGAAGACUUUUGUGCCUUCCACGCCGGGCACCGCCACUCUAUCAUGAUCAAAUUAUUCUCGUUAAAACAGGCGAAAAAGGAUGGCGAGUCGCCGAAAACUGGCACGCAAAAGAAGGCAUCUGCAGCACAACUGAGAAUCACAAAAGACAUAAAUGAACUUAAUCUUCCAAAAACAUGUGGGACAGAGUUUCCUGAUCCAGAUGACCUUCUCAGCUUUAAGCUAAUUAUUUGUCCAGAUGAGGGAUUUUAUAGAGGUGGUCGAUUUGUCUUCAGCUUUAAAGUUGGACCAAAUUAUCCACAUGAGCCACCUAAAGUAAAAUGUGAAACACAAGUUUAUCAUCCUAAUAUUGACUUGGAUGGCAAUGUGUGUCUAAAUAUUUUAAGAGAAGAUUGGAAACCAGUCCUUACAAUUAAUUCUAUUGUUUAUGGAUUACAAUAUCUUUUCUUGGAACCAAAUCCAGAAGAUCCAUUGAAUAAAGAUGCUGCGGAGGUCCUGCAAAAUAAUAGGAGAGUGUUUGAGCAGAAUGUAGCAAAAGCAAUGAGAGGUGGCUAUGUUGGCGCAUUUUAUUUCGAACGGUGUCUCAAGUGACAUUAACGUUCACUUUAUCCGAGGACACAUUGAGGAAAGAGAUCGAGAGUAGAACUCCUUCAUGCCCUAAACGUGUUCCUCUCAUCCAUCUCAUUCGUUUUAACGGGCCUCUUUGCGUCUUCAUGAGUGCUUCGUACCUUUGGUCAAUAAACCAUCGGUAAAAAAUACCACCGAUGUGCUGUUUUCUCGGA